GUUGUGGGAAGGAAAUUGCGAGUGGAGGGCGGUGGCCUACUUGGGGCCCCGGUGGCUUUCGUCCUCGGCAGUGGUUUUUGGGGGUAGUCGGUCUGGCUCUAGGCCAUGCGAAUAGGCACCCUGCUCCUGGCCGGCGGCCAGCCGAGCGACUUAUCCUUGACAUGAAGGCGGCCGUGCUCUCUCCACGUUGCUCGCCCACGGAGGACGCGCGACCUCAGGGAUGAGAAGGCCUUGGCUGCCCCUUGGAGGGACCCCUGAGACCGCAGUAGAGAAGAGCGGGUGGAGGAAAGCAGGGUUAAAGUACAGUGUGUCGGUAGAGCGCGUGUAGGGACCGGUGUGAGGACGGAGGGGAGGAAGAAAGAAGGCGUGCCCUGCAUCACCUUUUGUUUUCUCCAGCGUACAUUUAGGAGUUUGGGACACCAGGCCACCCUCUUUUAACUCGCUGGUUUUGUCGGGGGUUAUUGUGUGUUUGGUCCCUGUCCGUCUGAUUAAUUAUCUUACCAUUGUAUACCGUGAACCUUGUGUGGAUGGCAGAGACGUGAGGUCUCUCUUGGGUUGCCAGUUUUUGAAAUUAGAAAUUUUUAAAUGUACACAUUUCAUUGCCUGCCUGCCUACCUGCUUGCUUGCUUUCUUUCUUUCUUUCUUUCUUUCUCCCUCCCGCUAUAUUUGUUUCUGAGAUUGCCUAAUGGCUUUUCAAAACAUUUUUAAGAAAAAUGUUUCCUCUGCUCUGCUUUGAAUGAGUAAGAUUUUUAAAUGUUUUGUUAGAAGAAUAAAAGCAAGCAUUCUGUUAUGAAACGUUUGAUUUUGUUGAUUUUUUUUUUUUUUUUUGGCUUGAAAUGGUUCAAAGUUUUGUGUGGAGUGAAUUGAACUCGGAGCAAAUCUUAAUUAGUGAAAUUUAUAUUCAGUUGGGAAAUCGGCGGUGUGGUGCUUUUAUCCUCUAAAUAUUAGCUGUAUACCUUGAGAAAAGGAACUGUCUAAAACUUGAUUUUGUUAUGAGUCAUGAACUUUGUAUAAAUAAGGUUUAUACCAGCCCAGUUUUAUAAUUCACAUUCAUGAUAUUGGUGUUUUUUUAUUUCAACAGGUGCAUAAGUAAAGGGUAAAGUAUUUUUAUGACACAAAUCUUCAAUCAAGUAUAACAUUUUGAUGCUCCACAUCUAGACUCCUUGUGCUGUCACUAUGCCAGCAGCAACCGUAGAUCAUAGCCAAAGAAUUUGUGAAGUUUGGGCUUGUAACCUGGAUGAAGAGAUGAAGAAAAUCCGUCAAGUUAUCCGAAAAUAUAAUUAUGUUGCUAUGGACACCGAGUUUCCAGGCGUUGUUGCAAGACCCAUUGGAGAAUUCAGAAGCAAUGCUGACUAUCAGUACCAACUGUUGCGGUGUAAUGUAGACUUGUUAAAGAUAAUCCAGCUCGGACUGACCUUUAUGAAUGAACAGGGAGAAUACCCUCCAGGAACGUCAACUUGGCAGUUUAACUUUAAGUUUAAUUUGACGGAGGACAUGUAUGCUCAGGACUCUAUAGAGCUACUAACAACAUCUGGUAUCCAGUUUAAAAAACACGAGGAGGAAGGAAUUGAGACCCAAUAUUUUGCAGAACUUCUUAUGACUUCAGGAGUGGUUCUUUGUGAAGGGGUCAAAUGGCUAUCAUUUCACAGUGGUUAUGACUUUGGCUAUUUAAUCAAAAUUCUGACCAACUCUAACUUGCCUGAGGAAGAACUUGAUUUCUUUGAGAUCCUUCGGUUAUUUUUUCCUGUCAUUUAUGAUGUGAAGUACCUCAUGAAGAGCUGCAAAAAUCUCAAAAUGUUCUUUGAAGAUCACAUUGAUGAUGCCAAAUACUGUGGUCACUUAUAUGGCCUUGGUUCUGGCUCAUCCUAUGUACAGAACGGCACAGGGAAUGCAUAUGAAGAGGAAGCCAGCAAGCAGUCAUGACAGGAAAUAGUCUUCUUAUUUUUAUUUUAUACGAGUUACACACAUGCUUGUAUAUAGGUUUUAUCAUCCCUUAAAUAAUAGGCAAUACCCCCCCCCUUUUGUAGACCUUCUCUGCUUUCAGUAAUAAGUAUGGCCUUUCUUAGCUAUGAUCUUAAUAAAUUAAAGUACAUUCAGGUUAAAUCUGGCCUUAAUUUAAUACACUUCUUAUCAAGCUUGUGUGACAAAGCUACAUUACUGAAUAAUUUGAUAAACUUUGCCUACUUGAGCUUGGUUUUGUUUUUCCCUUUUCCUAAAUUAACUAGCAUUGAGUGUAAUUUAUUUCCCUCUUCCAUGCCUCUCCUUCUAUUCUGCAGUACUUAUAGGUAUUUAAGAUUGUGGACCAUCAAGUUUGCACUUUAGAGAGUGAUUUCAAUCCUCUAUUUUAUCAGAAAUUGUGAUUUUUCUUGCUCUUAGCUAGAAAAAUAACCAUCUACCACCUUUUUACAGUAUUUGCUUGUUUUUGACAUUCAGAGUACAGCACGUGCAUUGUGCAAAUUGUUCAACAGGAAUAACAGAAAAAGACAAGGAACUACUGAAGAGCCUAGUAACUACUGUUUCUGUGUGUAGUGUUUAGCCUUCCAAGCACAUCUCAUGUCUGUUGGUUUCUAAUUGGCAUGCAUAGGCUGCUAUGUGACUGAAGAAUUUCAAACCAGCUUUACACCCUUCAGGAAGAAGCCCUGUGAUUGGCUAUCUCCUCUCUGCCAGAAGGCUGGCCAUUAAGAUGUUGGAGCUCCAGUUUUAUGACAGCACCGCCUCCCUUGAUCGGCUUCCUUUUACUCCAUCACUUUUACCCUUACUGUUUUAUUUUAUAAACAUAUUUAUGAUGUUCUUGAUUUGUUAACUACACAAAUCAAUUUCAUUAAAGUCCAAAGAUAACAAGUCUUAAGGUACAUUUUAUAUCAAUAAAAAUACAAAAUAAAUGUGAUUUCAUAAAUGCUACAAAAAUAAAUAAUGGAGAGAUUUGGUGCAAAACAACAAAAUGCAAAAAAUAUAUAUAAAUACACACAUAUAUAGCUAAUAAAAUUACCUGAGGAGUGUAAUGCUUGUUUAUUUUUUUGUGUAUAUCUUUGCAAUCUAUUUUAUAUAUAUUGACAAGAGACUGUGAAAUAUUUAGCCAUGCAGAAUAUGUGACCAGACCAGAGCAUGUGUUGGAAGAUUUUGGUGAACAUUAACUCUACCCUGAAGUGAUGGACUACAAGUUGUAAUGUGUGUUAUCUACACUUCAAUCGAUAUUAGCAAGUCUCCAACUGUUAGCAACAUAGUUCGUUUCCCUUGUACAUUCUGUAAACAUGAUAUGAAAAUGCUGUACCUGGGCGGUCCUUUUUAAACUAAACAUUAUUUGCAAAACAGAGGGUAUUAUUUGUUUUUAAAGCUUUUGUAAAUAAAGGCUUCAAAAAUGUUUUCCUA